AACGCAAUGUCAUGAACACAUGCUUAUGACGUGCUUAUACUGUUGUUUUGUUAUAACCGAUUUGUUAUUUUGUUGUCGUGUUAAGUAGUUGUAAAUGGUAUUAAAUCCUAAUAACUACAAACGAACGAAAUGUGACAUGACAUGCUUAUGUCACGACACAUGACAUAAAAGCAAGAAAUUAGGACAAACAAAUAUUUUAAGUCGAGUUGACUGUUAGUGUUUGUACUCUAAGUUUACGAUCAGGAUUAUGGUUAAAAGAUGCGCAUUGGGCACUUGCAAUAUUGAUUCCAGAUUGCAUUCACUUGAAAAUUAUUAAUAUGGUGGUGAUAAACAGAAAGAGCAAAGGAAUCUAUUUAUUGGUGUAUUUAGCCAUUUCUGUUUAUUUUUUAAAGUCAAAGGCAAGCGACUUCUCAUGCAAACCGGACGAAGUACAGUUUAAAUGUAAGAGCGAUGGAAAGUGCAUGCCCAAAGAUUGGGAGUGUGACGGUGUAAACGAUUGUUCUGACCAUUCCGAUGAAAUGAAUUGUGGUUCUUGUCCACAAGAGAAGUUUUCUUGUGGUAAAGAGUGUAAAUUUAAAUAUAUGAUUUGUGAUGGUUACAAAGAUUGUAAAGAUGGAUCUGAUGAAUCACCUUCACAUUGUGCAAAUAUAUCUUGUUCUGACAACAAGUUCAAGUGUCAAGACAGUAAAAAAUGUAUCAUUGAAUCUUGGAAAUGUGAUAAUUAUAAAGAUUGUGAUGAUGGAAGUGAUGAAUUUGACUGUGGUGUGCGUCCUUGUCCUAAAUUAUCAUUUCAAUGCAAUAAUAACCAGUGUAUUGAUAUAAAUUGGAAGUGUGAUCAUAAUGAUGACUGUGAUGACCAUUCUGAUGAAGAAAAUUGCACUUAUACAGAGUGUAAGCAUGAUUUGGAGUUCCAGUGUACAAUAAAGAAGCGUUGCAUCUUGAAAGAAGCAUACUGUGAUGGUCACUCGAUUAAAAAAUGUAAUGUUGAUCGAUUUGACUGUAAGGAUGGAAGUUGUAUUCCUUAUAAGUGGGUUUGUGAUGGUGACUGUGAUUGCACAUCUGGUGAUGAUGAAAAGCACUGUAGUAAAGAAUGUGAAAAAGAUGAGUUUAUGUGUCCCAUUUCUAAAAAGUGCAUUAAAAGAUCGAUGCUGUGUAAUGGUGACAAUGAUUGUCCCAAUGGUACAGAUGAAAAGUACAAGUGUGGUGAACCACAAUGCUCUAAUGACAAUGGUGGAUGUGACCAUAAAUGUAACAAAUUAAAAUUUGGUCAUUUUUGCUCUUGUCGUCCAGGAUAUAAACUUGAAGAAGAUGAAAAGACUUGUAGAAAAAUUGACGAAUGUGAUGAAUUUCAGCAGUGUAGUCAGAUCUGUGAGGUGUUUAACAAGACUGCCCAGCCAUUAAGAUGCAGUUGUGUUGCUGGCUAUCGCUUGGAUAAGGACCAUCGAACUUGCAAAGCUAUAGAUAGACACCCGUACCUCGUAUUUUCUGAUCAUUAUUCCAUCAGAAAACUCACUUUACACAAGAAACAGUCCGACUUCUUUGGCAUAGUUCCUCAUUUCGCAGGAAUCAUCGCAGUAGACUAUCAUUUUGGCAAGGCCUUGAUGUUUUGGACUGGCAUUAAAAGCAAUUCAAUUCAACAGACUAACCUGAGUAGCAAAAUAGAACAUGAUAAAAAAAUUAUUGUUAAAAAUGUUGCUUCCCCAGAUGGUCUUGCAGUAGAUUGGGUCACAGGAAAGUUGUAUUGGACAGAUGCUGGAAGAAAACGAAUUGAAGUUUCUGAAUUAGAUGGUCGAUAUCGUUCUACUUUAAUCGAUACUAACUUGGAUAUGCCACGUAUUGUACUUCAUCCCUACUAUGGGUAG